AUGCCGUCAUUAGCUGGCAAUAUCUAUCUCAUCGCUGCCGUGUCGGUGAUUGGGGGUGGUUUGUUUGGUUUUGAUAUCUCGUCGAUGUCUGCUAUUAUCGGCACAAGAAACUAUCUUUGUUACUUCGAUCAGGCUGAGCCGGGUCAGAAAUGCAAGGGUCCAAAACCAGAUGUUCAGGGCGGUAUCACGGCCUCCAUGGCAGGUGGCUCUUGGCUGGGUGCUCUUACAUCGGGCUUUUUGUCUGAUACAUUUGGGCGCAAGAAGUCCAUCAUGGUUGGUGCAAUUAUUUGGGUUGUUGGCUCUAUUAUCACCUGUGCAUCGCAGAAUAUUGGAAUGUUGAUUGUUGGUCGAAUCAUCAACGGUUUCAGCGUUGGCAUUAGUUCCGCCCAAGUCCCUGUUUACAUUGCAGAGUUAGCGCCUCCAUCCAAACGUGGUCGUCUGAUUGGCGCGCAACAAUGGGCAAUCACAUGGGGUAUUAUGAUUAUGUUCUAUAUUUCCUAUGGAAGCAGCAAGCUUGAUGGACCUGCGGGUUUCCGACUCGCGUGGGGUUUGCAAAUGAUCCCCGCUAUAUUGCUCUUUCUCGGUCUAAUACCCCUGCCCGAGUCACCACGUUGGCUUGCUCGCAAGGACCGCUGGGAAGAUUGCCUUAGUGUGUUGACAUUGGUGCAUGGAAGAGGUGAUCCGAACUCCCCAUUCGUCCACCGCGAAUACGAAGAGAUCAAGGAGAUGUGCGAAUUCGAACGACGAAAUGCUGAUGUGUCCUAUCUUGAACUGCUUAAACCCAGCAUGAUCAACCGCACUCAUGUAGGUGUAUUCACCCAGAUCUGGAGUCAGCUCACUGGCAUGAAUGUGAUGAUGUAUUAUAUCACAUACGUCUUCGGGAUGGCUGGCCUCACAGGAGAUACCCUGAUGGUCUCAGGUAGUAUUCAAUACGUUAUCAAUGUUGUCAUGACCAUUCCGGCGCUUCUGUGGGUGGACCGUUGGGGCCGCCGCCCGACCCUUCUAGUUGGAGCUUUCUUUAUGAUGCUUUGGCUCUUUACCAAUGCUGGGCUUCUUGCAUCUUACGGGCAUCCUGCCCCGGCAGAUCGAUUGGUCGAAGCUCAAUCCUGGUUGAUUACCGGUCCCCCUAGCAAGGCAGUUAUCGCAUGCUCCUAUCUGUUCGUUGCUUCGUUUGCUCCAACUUGGGGUCCCGUUUCCUGGAUAUACCCUCCAGAGCUGUUCCCUCUGCGGGUACGUGGGAAAGCUGUUGCCCUCUGCACAUCCGCCAACUGGGCUUUCAACUUUGCCCUUGGCUAUUUUGUUCCGCCCGCGUUUGUCAACAUCCAAUGGAAGACGUAUAUUCUCUUUGGCGUCUUUUGCGUGGCCAUGUUUAUUCAUGUCUUUUUCAUGUUCCCUGAGACAUCUGGCAAGACUCUCGAGGAAGUUGAGGGGAUCUUCACCGAUCCAAAUGGCAUCAAAUACCUAGGAACCCCUGCUUGGAAAACACGCGUUGAUUACCACCGUGCAGCGCUGCUGGAGGAGACUGGUGUAAAGGACGAGGAGAAGCUAGAACCACUGCAUGCGGAUGACAAGAACUAA